AUGGGAGAUAUGGGGGACCCGCCGAAAAAAAAGCGUCUCAUCUCCCUGUGUGUCGGCUGCGGGAACCAGAUCCACGACCAGUACAUCCUGCGGGUCUCUCCGGACCUGGAGUGGCACGCCGCGUGUCUGAAGUGCGCGGAGUGCAGCCAGUAUCUGGACGAGUCGUGCACGUGCUUCGUCAGGGACGGCAAGACUUACUGCAAACGAGACUACAUCAGGUUAUACGGGAUAAAAUGCGCCAAAUGCAACAUCGGUUUCAGCAAGAACGACUUCGUGAUGAGAGCGCGCUCCAAGGUGUACCACAUCGAGUGUUUCCGGUGCGUGGCCUGCAGCAGGCAAUUGAUCCCGGGGGACGAGUUCGCUCUCAGGGAGGACGGGCUCUUCUGCCGGGCCGACCACGACGUGGUGGAGCGGGCUACGAUGGGUUCGGGCGACCCUCUGAGUCCCCUGCACCCGGCCAGACCCUUACAGAUGGCAGCAGAACCAAUCUCUGCUCGACAGCCUGCGCUUCGACCGCACGUCCACAAGCAGCCGGAGAAGACGACCCGGGUGCGGACCGUGCUGAACGAGAAGCAGCUGCACACGCUGCGGACCUGCUACAACGCAAACCCGCGACCCGACGCGCUGAUGAAGGAGCAGCUCGUGGAAAUGACGGGGCUGAGUCCGCGCGUCAUCAGGGUCUGGUUCCAAAACAAGCGCUGCAAGGACAAGAAGAGGAGCAUACUGAUGAAGCAACUUCAGCAGCAGCAACCCAACGAUAAAACGAACAUCCAGGGAAUGACAGGCACGCCAAUGGUGGCUGCCAGUCCGGAGAGACACGACGGCGGUUUGCAGGCAAAUCCAGUGGAGGUGCAGAGUUACCAGCCGCCUUGGAAGGUCCUGAGCGACUUCGCGCUGCAGAGCGACAUCGAUCAGCCGGCGUUCCAACAGCUGGUCAACUUCUCGGAGGGGGGGCCAGGUUCGAAUUCAACAGGGAGCGAAGUCGCGUCCAUGUCCUCUCAGCUCCCGGAUACGCCAAACAGCAUGGUGUCGAGCCCUAUAGAGGCGUAG